AUGACUGGCAGCUCCAGUGCGCUAUCACUACCUUGGAACGAGCCUCCUCAGGGCCACUUCGUCCCCUCCUUAAGCGUCCGCCUGCGGGGAUUGGUCGAAUGCCGCCCUCCUACCACGCUCAUACGUUGUGUAAUGUGCUCUGAAGCUUUCGCCCCCGCCCCACUCAUUCACCUUUACAUAACCCGGGCGGCCAACGGGCCCCACCCCCAGGCCAAUGGGAGUUGGCGCGCUGGCAUAACAGCCAAUCGGGUAGCUCUGGGGCGGGACGACGGAAUGUUGGCGGCGGGGGAGGCGGGCGCCCACACGCGUGAAACCUCGAGACUAGAGCACGCUGGGUGGCGUGGAGGAGUGGAGGGUGAGCCAAUUCGGCUGGUGCAAACCUCCCGGACAGUCUUAUGGAAACUCUGGGAGCAGAGAAGCUGCAGGUGCCCGGGUUGUGAUGGCAGGGACCCAGAGGCGGAAUCAGCUCCCGGCCCCGGCCCCACAGAAAACCCUGUGGCCGAGCGCGAUGGAGCUUGUCGGGGACCUGGUGCAGAAGAGCCCGGGAAGAAGAGCCCGAUGAGCCUUCGGGACCCCAGUCCCUCGGGAAGGAGCCUCGGGCCGCCGCCGAGGUCAUGUGGAGAGCAGAAGCGACUCAGAGUUUCUGAAGAAUUGAUGACAGUCAUCCAGGAAAUGAUAAAGCACUUCCCUUCUGAGAGGUACAGCAAACCCAGCACCCUGGAGGACCUCAACUAUGCCCUUCGCUGUGUGCACAGUGUGCAAGCAAACAGUGAGUUUUUCCAGAUGCUCAGUCAGAAUGGAGCGCCUGAAGCAGAUGUGACCAUGUACAAGUCUUGGGAAGCUAUGACUACUCUCACCUCAGAGCACACUUCUAAAAACACAGACACCUUUGUGGCAGUUUUUUUAUUUCUGUCUGGAAGGUUAGUGCACAUUUCUGAACAGGUUACUUCCAUCCUGAAUUGUAGAAAAGAUUUCUUGGAGUCCUCUCGUUUUGUUGAACUGCCCCCUCAAGAUGUGAGAGUGUUCUAUGCACACACUGCCCACACCCAGCUCCCAUUCUGGAACAACUGGACCCAAAGAGACUUCAUGUUCAGCCUCACACAGUAUGAAUUUGCUCCAAUGAAAUCCUUUUUCUGCAGAAUCCGUGGCGGGGAAGGCAGAGAGCUAGGGAACUACUGCCCAUUCCGGAUUACCCCCUAUUUGAUUCACAUGUAUAACCCCACCCAGCCGGGAGCAGACCCCUGUUGUCUCAUGCUGGUUGAAAAGAUUCACUCUGGGUAUGAAGCUCCUCGAAUUCCAGUGGAUAAAAGAAUUUUUACCACAACACAUACUCCAGGGUGUGUUUUCCUUGAAGUAGAUGAAAGUGGGGACUCUGAGGCUCAGGCUACUCCUGCUGCUCAGGUGGACAGAACAGCAGUGUUGAAAUAUGCAGGCCAGCCUCCCUUUGAACAUUCACCCAUUAGAUUCUAUGCUCAAAAUGGAGAUUACAUCAUACUGGAUUCCAGUUGGUCCAGCUUUGUGAACCCCUGGAGCCGGAAGGUUUCUUUCAUUAUUGGCCGGCAUAAAGCUCGAACAUAA